GUACUCCUGUCGGAAGUUAAUGCGUGCUCUACGUUUCGCGGUCUUUUUCCACAUUUUUUCUCUGAUUUCGCCGGUCAAUUUUGACAGUUUUACGGCGUGUGCUGUUUGUACGGAGCUCAACACGGAUGUAGACAUUUCUGGCGAGCAGUUUUAACCCGUAAUUUACUUCAUUUACGGACCCAUGACGACAUCGCCUUAUCAGUCGCCAAAUUCAGGUCCCAGGCUUCCUUCAAUGUUUCAAGCACGCCAGAGGACCAACUCGUUUCAAAAAACGCCUGGUAGUGCAAGCAGAAAACCCUUACUUGCCUCGUUAACGCCAAUACUAAAUAAAUUCCCAAAAUCUACCAUUGCAAAGCAUGGGUCUCCAGAACCGAUCAAAAAGAAAGAAAUCUCAUACAACAGUAGCAGAGGCAAGAUGUUGACACAACUAGCCCAGAUCCGAGCGCCGGUUGAAAACUUCUACAGUGCGUCUUCUAGUCAGACAAUGUUGAGAGAGGACAACUAUGUAGAACCUCAUAAACAAUUGGCUGAUAACAGCAACUUAACUGUCACCUUGUGUUCACCUCCCAAAGUGCAACUUCAAAUCAGACGAAAAAUAAGUGCGGACACACCAAAUUUGACCUCGUCAUUCACAAAAAACGAGGAUUAUCCUGUAGCCAAGAAGGCCAAAAAGGAACACAUCAUAGAACCUCACCUCAUUGGUUUCAGAAACCAAGGCGCAACUUGCUACAUGAACAGUGUACUGCAGGCGCUGUCUAGCCUGGACAACUUUUGCAAAGACGUGCUUGAAGAAAUGCCCAUGAUGAGUUCACAACUGUGUCCUCUGCAGUCACUGCUGCAAGAAAGACUGAAAGGCAAUGAGGACAACGUGUUCAUUUGUUUGAGGGAGCUGCACAGGCGGUUUGGCUUUGAAGUCAACCACUCCUUUGCGGAUCACAACGAACAGCAAGACCUGGAUGAAUUUCUCACCCUCUACUUGGAUACGAUUGACACGCAAAUCUACAGCAUUCGAAAGUUUCUGGACCCUACUGAUUUCCGUCCCACGCUUGUGAAGAGGAACUUCUCUUUCGAAGAUAUAGAACGGAGAGUGUGCAUGUCAUGCCAGAAUGAAAGGGUCAACAGGCAGUCCAACUUUCUAAUGCGCUUAUCUUUGACGGAGGAAGGUGGAAAGAAGUCGAUUCAACAACUUGUGGAGUCUGGGAUGGACUGCUCAUUUGACGAGUGUUCAAAUUGUAGAAACACAAAUGCUGUUAAAACUUCAAGAAAGUUUCUGAGAUUGCCAAGAACGCUCAUGAUCAUACUGAUGAGGUACAACAACGACUGCCAGAAAUUGGUGACCCCAGUCACCAUCGAUCCUUACUUGGUGCUGGACAGCUUUUUGUCUGAAGAUUGUGUACCACCCUACUACCCAAAGACGGGUGUUGCUGCGCGUGUUUCUUCAAAACCAGAAGUUGAGAGCAGAGCUGUGCAGACAGACCCUGACAUCUUGGAAAUCGAAAAUCCUGAUACACCUGAAACCGAUACUGAAGACAUGAAGGAGGCGAUAAACGCCAGCAUGCAGGAUCUGGAUCAAGCUACCAGAGAAGAAGAAGAGAUUAAACUUGCCAUUGGAAAAAGCAUCGCUGACCAAGACCCUUUUUCGAGAAAACCGGCCGCAAAUGUAGUCUACCGCCUCUGUGCAGUUGUGAAUCAUUACGGUGAUACUCCUAAUUCAGGUCACUACAAAUCUGAUGUGUUCAGAAAAAGUGCGUCCCAAUGGUUCAACUACAACGACAUGUUUGUUGAAACUAAAACCACGGAAGAAGUGCUCUCUGGCGGUGAAGAGGCUUGCUACCUGCUGGUGUAUGAAUACGAUGGGGAAUUGGAGGAAUCGAAAGCCGAUCUUGAAGUAGAGCAACGGUUUACUGAACUCAGUGAGGAAGCAAAGGAGAACAUCAAUGAAUUUGUCAACUCAUUGGUUGUUAGCGAGGGAGAUUUGCCAAAAAAUCUAACUACGCGUGACGUUAAUUGUGCGUAGAUUUAUUGUUCUGGUAUAUCAUGGCCUUGGACUUCUUCCAUCACACUGACCAAUUGAAGAAACCACUCACUUAUCACUUAAAGAAAUAUACUUGAAAGGCUGCUGUCCUUUGUUACACAAAAGAGUGAAUACUAGGAAAACCAUCUCCUCAAUUGUACUUAUAUAGUUCCAAUCCAGAAGCUGUAACUUAUAUUGUCACUUUUAUGUGUAAUAAUGUACAUAACUGUAAUAUCUUAAACCCAAGGAGGCUGAUUUUCUAAAUUAUAUGAAAAGACUCUGUAUAAGAAACAUGUAUGUAGGUGAACUAAUGGUCAGUUUUAUUUUCUUUGUUGUUAGUUUUACUUGUCUCGCCACUGUUUUAAAAUUACGUUUUAUACGAAGGCAACUCGCAUUCCAAAAUAUUUACAAUAGGGGUUCCUUGAUUUGUAACAGGUUUCAUCGUUUUGAGUCUGCAUACUUUAACAUCAAAGCCCUGAGAGUGAUGCAUUAAAUGUAGACUGAGCAUUGCUAACCUGUAGACGAAAAUGCAGUACGAAAUUUUAAAAGAAAAAGUUAAAUGCAUAUUCUGAAAGUUGCUUUAUUGCAAAAUUGGGUUUCAUUUUCAGCUUAAGAGUUAUACAUUUAUAUGUAAUGUUACACUAAUUGUCAACGUCAUGUAUAAAUGUGCAAGACAUAUUUUAUAUUAGGGAAAAUAAAAUCAGUCCUGCUGUAUAUAUGGAACUGGACUGCUGAAGAAAAGGAAA